CCACCCUUGUGUACCUGGGCGGAUCCAUUCCUGGGAAUGAACAGGGGGUGGAGUGACCCGGAGAGCCACCGCGCGCCGGGGUCAGUUGUCCUGGGAAACCCGAAGGCAUGAGUUUCGUCCAAGUUUUCUUUGUAGGUUAGAACUCCUUCUGUGUGGGGAAAAUGGACUUGGAUUAGGGGCCGAGUGGAGCAAGCACCCUCUUCGGCCUUGGUGCUCGCCGCGCCCCCUACUCUCGGGAUACUUGGGAGGGGACGCGCGGGCUCCGUCGCUGCUAGACGGCCGCGAUGGCGCCGGCGCCCAGCGCGCGUUCUGGGGCGCCUGGCUCCCGGCCGGCCACUAUGCUCUUCCUGUGGCUCUUUCUCAUCACUUACUGUCCAGCUCCUGCCAGCACCAUCCAGGUGACUGUGUCUGACCCCUACCACGUAGUGAUCCUGUUCCAGCCAGUGACACUGCCCUGCACCUAUCAGAUGAGCAACUCGAUCUCAUCCCCCAUCGUGAUCUGGAAGUACAAGUCAUUCUGCCGAGACCGCGUGGCCGAUGCCUUCUCCCCUGCCAGCGUGGAGAACCAGAUAAAUGCCCAGCUGGCAGCUGGCAACCCUGGUUACAACCCCUAUGUGGAGUGCCAGGACAGUGUACGCACCGUUAGGGUGGUGGCCACCAAGCAGGGCAAUGCCGUGACCCUAGGAGAGUACUACCAGGGCAGGAGGAUCACCAUCACAGGAAAUGCUGACCUGACGUUCGAGCAGACGGCCUGGGGGGACAGUGGGGUGUAUUACUGCUCUGUGGUCUCAGCCCAGGAUCUGGAUGGGAACAACGAGGCAUACGCAGAGCUCAUUGUCCUCGGCAGGACCUCAGAGGCCCCUGAGCUCCUACCUGGUUUUCGGGCGGGGCCCUUGGAAGAUUGGCUCUUUGUGGUCGUGGUCUGCCUGGCGAGCUUCCUCCUCUUCCUCCUCCUGGGCAUCUGCUGGUGCCAGUGCUGUCCCCACACCUGCUGCUGCUAUGUCAGAUGUCCCUGCUGCCCAGACAAGUGCUGCUGCCCUGAGGCCCUUUAUGCUGCCGGCAAAGCAGCCACCUCAGGCGUCCCCAGCAUCUACGCCCCCAGCAUCUACACCCACCUCUCUCCUGCCAAGACCCCACCACCACCACCUGCCAUGAUUCCCAUGGGCCCUCCCUACAGCAGGUACCCUGGAGACUUUGACAGGAACAGCUCAGUCGGUGGCCACAGCUCCCAGGUACCUCUGAUGCGUGAUGUGGACGGCAGUGUGUCUUCAGAAGUAAGAAGUGGCUACAGGAUACAGGCUAGCCAGCAGGACGACUCCAUGAGGGUCCUAUACUAUAUGGAGAAGGAGCUAGCCAACUUUGACCCUUCCCGGCCUGGCCCUCCCAAUGGCCGAGUGGAACGGGCCAUGAGUGAAGUCACCUCCCUCCAUGAAGAUGACUGGAGAUCUCGGCCUUCCAGGGGUCCUGCCCUUACCCCAAUCCGGGAUGAGGAGUGGAGUGGCCACUCGCCUCGGAGUCCCAGGAUGUGGGAGCAGGAACCCCUUCAAGAACAGCCAAGGGGCGGCUGGGGAUCCGGGCGGCCUCGAGCCCGCUCUGUGGAUGCUCUGGAUGACAUCAACAGGCCUGGCUCCACUGAAUCAGGAAGGUCUUCUCCCCCAAGUAGUGGGAGAAGAGGACGGGCCUAUGCACCUCCCAGAAGCCGCAGCCGGGAUGACCUCUAUGACCCCGACGAUCCUCGGGACUUGCCACAUUCCCGAGAUCCCCACUACUAUGACGACUUGAGGUCUAGGGAUCGGCGAGCUGACCCCAGAUCCCGUCAGAGAUCCCGGGACCCUCGGGAUGCUGGCUCCAGGUCACGGGACCCUCAAUAUGAUGGGCGACUAUUAGAAGAGGCCUUAAAGAAAAAGGAGUCUGGAGAGAGAAGGAGACUUUACAGGGAGGAAGAUGAGGAAGAGGAAGGCCACUACCCCCCAGCGCCGCCUCCUUACUCAGAGACUGACUCGCAGGCCUCGAGGGAGCGGAGGAUGAAAAAGAAUUUGGCCCUGAGUCGGGAAAGUUUAGUCGUCUGAUCUCACGUUUUGUAUGUAGCUUUUAUACUUUUUUUUUUAAUUGGAGUACUGAUGAAACUCUUUACCAAGCCUAAUAAAAUGCCUAAUCACAA